AGAACGUUGAUGAUCUUUAAUAGUUAGUUACUAGUAGAAGAUAUUUUAUAACACAACAAUGCCAAAUAAUUACGCGCUUUCAUUAAGCAGCAGUACAUACAAAAAUCAUAUAUUUGAAGGAUUUUCCAGCUUGCAACAGAAUGAUGAGUUUGUUGAUAUGACUUUGGCAGCUGAAGGGCAUUGGGUAAAAGUCCACCGGACACUUGUAGCCCUCGCAAGCCCAUACUUCAGAGAAUUGCUUCACAGUUUGCCAUGUCAGCACCCUGUCAUGUAUCUGUAUGGUGUCAGUCAUGAAGCGUUAGGGUUUAUUUUGGAGUAUAUUUAUACUGGUCAAGUAGAAAUACCAGCAGAAAAAGUGAAAUCAUUUCUACACACAGCUAGAGAUAUGCAGAUUGCAGGCUUAAAGAAUGUUGUACCACCUGAUGAAAAUGAAGCACCAAGACAAGAAAAGCAAAGUAAACAAGUAUUUCUCAAUGAUAGGUAGGUGCUUAACCUUGAUAAUAAGGC